CAGGGCCCGAUAAUAAAGGAAUUUAUAAAGGUGAUCGAGAGUCCAGUGGAAAAUACACUUUUGCUGCCCACAUGGAUGGAACUUACAAGUUUUGCUUUAGCAACAGAAUGUCCACCAUGACUCCCAAGAUAGUGAUGUUCACUAUUGAUAUCGGGGAAGCUCCAAAGGGGCAAGACAUGGAGACAGAAGGUGGUGGAGAUACCUGGGAUGCUCAUCAGAACAAGCUAGAAGAGAUGAUUAACGAGUUAGCAGUGGCCAUGACAGCCGUAAAGCAUGAACAGGAGUACAUGGAAGUUCGUGAAAGAAUACAUAGAGCAAUUAAUGACAACACAAACAGCAGAGUGGUUCUUUGGUCAUUCUUUGAAGCUCUUGUAUUAGUUGCCAUGACACUGGGACAAAUCUACUAUCUGAAGAGGUUUUUUGAAGUCCGAAGGGUUGUUUAAGAGUACUUUUCUGUCCCGGAUUUCAGUUCACUGUCUACCAAACAUCCUGGUCACAAAAAAAGUCAUUUAGUUUCUGAACCCUCUUUACUGAACUGUAAAACUUAUUUGCUUAUGUUCCUUCCUAGGUAAAAAUGAAUUGUUUUUAUAUAUCUUCUGUAGCAAAAGCUGUGCUGAAAUCUUGUCACUUAAUUGGCAUAAUUUUUUUCACCUAAAUCUGCUUAGUCUGUAUGCUGAGCGAGGUCCAGGCAAGCUGCAAAUGCUGUAAAUCAACUGUAGUAACAAGCAAUGUUGGUGUCUUUUCUAACUUUUUUCCCUGUUUUCAUACUUGCAGUUCUACCUAGGGAAACGGUACAAGGCCCUAACAUGACUUUUUGCAUUCUUGACAUCUUUAACCCUGCAGUAGGCGUCACAAAAUUGAAAUAAUCCCUUCUUCACUUACAUAAACUGCCAAGGAGAAGCGAUUGGAAUUUUAUUCUGAUAAUG